AUGGUCUGUUCUUCACGGAAAACAGACCCAUCUGAGUAUGUAGCAGUCGUGCGACUAAAGUUUGUGGCGAAUCGAAGCGAUAAAGGCGCUGAAAAGAGAGAAGUUGGUGAUGGAGAAUGGACUUAUAAUGAGCCAUUGAUGAAUAUUUUCGGUUUGAGUAGGGAAAAAGAGAUGUCUGCUAUGGUUACUGCUUUAACUCAUGUAGUUACCGGGGAUGUGCCUUCUGAUUUCGUGACAUUUUCGAAUAAUUGUUCGAGUUCUUCUUCGAGCGUUGGAGCUAAACGAGCUCGAGAAGAUGAUGAUCGUGAUUUUGAUGAAGAUUUUACUAACCUUUAUAAACAUCCAUUUCUUCAUGAUCUUUCAAAUGCUGCAGAGAGUUCAAAGAUGGUAACAACUAGCAUAAGCAUACCAACAACACAGCCAACGUAUACUCCAAUAUACGAGCAUAACGAGACCAACUACAGAGAAGAACCGAAAAGAAAAUACAGAGGAGUAAGGCAGAGACCGUGGGGGAAAUGGGCAGCUGAAAUAAGGGAUCCUGUCAAGGCAGCUCGAGUUUGGUUAGGCACUUUCGACACAGCUGAAGCAGCAGCAAGGGCUUAUGAUGAAGCUGCCCUUAGAUUUAGAGGCAGCAAAGCGAAACUCAAUUUCCCUGAAAAUGUCAGGCUCAGGCCGGUUACUUCUACUUCUACUUCCAAUCCUAUGACUUCACAACAGUUGGCCGUUUCUGAUUCUUCGGAUGCUCUUUUCUCUGUUCCGGAUACUACUCAGACGAUGACUCACUCUCAUCAAACUGUUCGUGGCCGUAUGCAGAAUCCUGAAAGAGAUUUUAUGAGCCAUAAUCCUGAUGAGUUGGUUUUAGGUGUUGGUGGUUAUAAUAUUCAAAGGCAGCCAUGGAGUUUAUACGACCAGAUGGUUCAUUCAUCUUCAGGAUCUUCUCAUUUUGCUGCUUCUACUUUUUCUUCAUUGGAUCCUUUGCUUUUUUCAUCUCCAACAUCCGGUGGCUUCAUGACUACUUCCACCGGUGAGAGCGGUGGCGGUGAUGGUGGUGGAGAUGUCUCGGGACCAGCAUGGUCGGAUUACGGCCAUCAUAAGUCUGCCUCCCAUUGAUGCACGCGAUUUUGCUUUCAUAUAUUCUUUUGCCUACAUUAGUACUGUCAAUUUUGAAGUAGGAUGUAAUUUUAUGGCAAUUUUCAUGUUAUUGCCAUUAAUUUUUUGCUGUAAUGGGGAUUCUUUUUAUUAUUU